AAAUUCUUAUAAGUCAAUUAGUAAUAUAAUAGUUAUGUUUUAUCGUUAAAAUUUGUCACUAGUACAGACAUGAAGGACCUUCAUUUGGAAAGCUAAUUAAAAUCAACACUUGCUGGGUUUUCAACAUAACAGCAUAGGUUAUUCUUAUCAAAGAUUGUACAUAUCAAUAAUUUUAUUUUUUAAUCUAGUCCUAGUUCUGCAGUGUUUUUAUCUUAAGAAAACCUAAUGUUUAUCAUGGAUAAUAAUAUGGAAAAUGAUACAUCAGAUUGUGGAAUAAUGGAGGGUGCAGUGUCCACUCUAUCUUCUCUAUGUGGAAAUUUGAAAGGACUUCUUGAAGAUCUCUCUCAUCCCCCGGACUGCUUUGAUCUUGCUCCGGAAUUGCUUCGGCUGACCCAGAGUAUCAAGGUUCUGCGCUCUAACGUUGAGUUUAUUGUUGGCCCUUUUAUUGCCUCAAAGAAGAAAGAAAUGUCUACAAUACUGGAGGAGCUGGAGGCUAUUCGCACCAAGUACCACAACCUACAGAGAGAGUGGGACAGUCAGCAGGAACACCUGGGCCGAGUACAGGGCGAGAUGUUCCGCAUGAGGUCACAGCUGAAGAGUCAGAGUAGCUUCUGUGCCAGCAUGGGAGCCAUCAUGGGCAGUCUCAUGUGGAAGACUACAAGAAUGGCCAGUGUUGUGGACGUUCUGCUUAGCACGAACCGGGUGAGCGAGUUUCUCUGCAUCGUGAGUGGCUCCCUGGAGUCGUUCAUGGAGACUUACACUCUGACACUGCCAGACGUCAGCACCAGUGAGAUGCAGUUCAUCCUCUCCUUGGUGGGCAUUGUGGCCAACGUGGCGGCUACGCCUGACGGACGACAGUUCCUGGUCACUGACCCCAACGGUAAAGAACUGAUCGACCAGAUGAUCUCAGCCCUGCUCAGCAUACGAGAUGAAACUGGUGAUUCCCUAAAGAGGGUGAUACUCAUGAGCCUGUACAACCUAAGCAUCAAUCAGCUUGGGCUGAUUGUGUUGCUAGACCACACCUCGCUGUUUGGAGAGUUGGCCAAAGACAUUCAAAGUGACUCCAACCCAGAGUUGAGACUGUUGUCACUGAGACUGCUUCAGUCACUCACCAUGCAGAUACCUUCUACCAAGGCCUUUGAUGACAUGUACCAUGCAAUUCCCAUGGAUAAAAUCAAGGAACUAACCAACACAACUGAUGCUGACAUGCGACUCCUGGCCAAAAAUAUACUACAGAGUUUGGAGCGAGCUUAUACCAAAUUUGGCGCCCAGACUCCGGACAGUACCACCUCUGGUAUUGACAUUUGUCGACGUGAUCCAGCCAACAAGUCUGUUUGCUCUCUUCUCAGCUCUGUAUGAAGAUAACAACAUCAAUGCAUCAGUCAUCCAGUAUUUUAAAAUGUGAUUCUUUUUAGUCCGAACUACCUUUCAGUGACAGUAAAAUUAUAAUUUUAAAA